AUGGAAGACUCUAUCAAUAAGCCUUGGAGAACAAUGCCCGCCAAGAGAAUGAGUCAAGACCAAGCAACGGGUUUGAUGUAUCUCUUCUACGCAUUGGCAGUAUACACAAGCAGCAGGGUUGGUGGUCUAGGUCAGUGCCUGACGCUCAUUUUUCUUGGGUACUGGUACAACAUUGGAGGAGGUGGUGAUACCAGCUCUGUUGUUCGGAACUUCAUCAACGGCCUGGGUUUCAUAUGCUAUACCUCAGGGGCAUUGCAGUUGGAACUGAGUCCCUCUGAGUGGCAACUCUUCAUCGAUCCCAACGAAGUAGGCCUGCAAUGGCUUGGAAUUAUUGGGGCGAUUGUCUUCACAACAGUUCAGCUUCAAGACUUCUAUGAUCAGGCUGGAGACUCGGCAAGAGAUCGCAAAACGCUCCCGCUUGUCAUUGGUGAUAAGCCUGCUCGGUAUAUCACAGCUGCGUGCAUGGUGAUUUGGGGUCUGUUUACCCCUUGGUAUUGGGGAUUUGCAAGCGGAGGGAUGAGUUUUGCCGUUUUGCGUGGCUUUGCAAUGUAUCUCGCUGCUUUAGCUUGGAUUAUUUCAGUCCGAAUCCUUAUCUUUCGCAGUGUCCGGGCUGACAGAUUGACUUUUGUUCUUUGGAAUGUUUGGCUAGUCAGUCAGUAUGCUUUGCCGCUCUGUGCAAAACUCAGUCAAACUCGACCAGGCAAGGCAUGCUAG